UUGAAAAAUGACUUAUCUGUUCCCGAAUGCGGAUUUAUAAGAAACUAGUUCAAAUCGUAUACUCUAGCUAAUACUGUGUCAAUGUUUUAUGAAAUAUAGUGAUAUACAAUGGUAAGCUACUGAAGGGCAAGGGUGUAAGAAACAAAAGUUGGGCAGUAGACUUAUUUAGGUGUAUACGAGGGAUGACUUUUAACUUUUGCAUAUGGAAAUAAAACAACACGGUUUUACUCAAACGGCCGUAAAGGAGAUGAAAGAAAUAAACCGGCAAUAGAUUAUACAGGAAAAAAAGAGGGACGCUCUACAUAAAGGCAGAUCGCAGAACGAAGUGUUUCUGCUCCCCUGAUUACUCAUUGCCGAUGGUCUGUUCAAUAACUGGUCCCCAAACAGAGAUUGAGAGAUGAGUUUUUCUAUGAAACUCGUACUCUGGUAUGCAGUACUCGUCGUGUUAGCUCUGAGAGAAACUGAGGGCUGUCAAGGUGGAUGCCAGCAGGAAAACUGCUGUGGAGGUUGCAGGGCCUUUUGCACGACUCAAGCAUGUGUACAAUCGUGUUGCUCCAGCUGUUGCUGUAAUAGACCAAAACCAGCGCCUUAUCCAACACCAUAUCCUUCAACACCAUAUCCGCCAGCACCAGGACCUGUACCAACACCAUAUCCGCCAUCACCAGGACCUAUACCAACACCAUAUCCUCCACCUAGCCCCAGUGAUACGAACGUAGAAAACAAUGUCAACGCUACCUUGGACGUCACUAUAAACAACCAUAUCAACAUUGAAAACAGAGUCUAUAUUCCAAUCAGCAUUAACAACACCAAUGUUCAAUCAGUCUCCAUUGUGAGUGAGGAAAACUGCACCAUCACCGAUACAGGAACGACAGAAUGUCCGACACCACAUACCACAACUUCGCCUACAACAAUAACGCCAUCGUCAACAACAGGCCCAACAACACACCCAACAGGACAGCCAACAACACCGACCAAACCGAGAAUUCACAUCAUACCAGUCCCAGUUCCUUACCCCGUUUACCAAAGAUACCCUGUGCCUAUCCCAUACUAUCCACAUAUUCCGCAACCUGGUUGCUGCACAGUGAUCAGACCAUGCGUGUCCAGCGGUUGUCAAUCUCAUCGAAACCAUUGCGGUUCUGGAUGUUUGGGUAAUAUGAUGUAUGAACCUGUCAAUCCCUGCUACAAUGGUUGUCGAAGAAAAUCCUGGGGCUUCAGACCCAUGUGUUUUGGACAAAACAGCUGCAUAGAAAUGCCAGUAAAUUGCAUGGGAUGCAACAACAACUUCUUCGAGUCAUACCAGGGCUUUCAGCAGUGUGGAGGAUGUUUUUCAGGGGGCUACGGUAGUUACGGGGGGCACGAUGGAACGUUUGGGGAUAUAGGAGGCAACGGUGGUGCUUGGGGGCGUUGAUCUGUAUUUUUGUAGUACUUGUAGUUCAUUGCAAUAAAAUAAAACAUUUAAAAAUCGAAAA